AUGGAAGUGGAUUGCCAACAGAACAAAACAGUCCAUGAAUCUACCCUAGAAGCAGACACUAACAAAUCUGUCGUUACAGGGAGAAAACAGUGGAGCUCAGCCACACAAGACCCAAGCAAGAGGAAGGAACAUGGGAAACCUGAAAGUGCAAACACCAAAGGAAAAUCUUCAGAGCAGGAUAAAAUCAUUAGGAAAGAAAUUCAGAAAAUCUCCCCAGAAGGGGUGAAACAAAAGAGCAGGAACACUAUCUCAGAGAAAAAAGAAAGAGCUAGCUCAUCACAAAAGGAGCCAAAACAAAAACAGAUCAAGGUCUCGACACCUAAUCCACAGCAACCUGGACAGAGUGCUAGCAUGAAUGAUUCUAAAAUUCCUGCGGGGCAUGUUAAACCAGGAAAGGAAAAGGGACUAACCAAAGAAGCCAGCUCUGGCCACCAGCCAAAGAUGAAAACGCUAUCCUCUACAGCUUCAGGUAAAAUAUCAGGAAAGGCUGAAAAGGCUACACCAGAGAAGGGAAACAUCAAAGGAAGGAAAAUUGAAUUUGCCCUUAAACAGGCGAGUGCGAAGUCUGUGCUGGAAGAUGCUCAGCACCCUAAGGCCAUCUUCACUGAUGAGGCUAAAGGAAGUAGUGAGACGGCCAUGGCCGUCGAUCUUUGUUGA